AAGUUAUUAGAAAUAAAUAACAGACGCGUCUCAAUCAUCAUAAGGUUGACUGCCUGUUAAUAAAAUGAAAUAUUUAAUAAUAAUAUCAUGUGUACUGGUACUCAAUACAGCGGGCUUAAAGAUUGGAAACAAAGAGUCUUAUUUAAGAAAUGAAGAUGAAGGAACAGCGAUGGAGGAAGAUCCACCGAUCUAUGAUCUAAAGGAAGCUCCCAAAUUGUUCGAAAAAUUUAUUAAGGACUACAACAAAAAAUAUGAAGACGAUGAAGAUUAUAAUAAACAUUACAAGAACUUUGUUUCAAACUUGGAAUACAUUAAUGAAGUCAAUUCUCAGGGACGAUCUUAUUCUGUGGACAUCACCAUGUUUACAGAUGACGACGAAUCUGAACUUGAAGUAUUCACAGGAGGUUUCGACGAGGACGAGUAAAAUGGACAAAGGAAAUAUAUACAAUGAAGAUUACCGCUACUUUACUCUAACCAGAAUUUUUGCAUUAUACUUUUUUUAAAUUAAUAAAUAAAUUCCACCACCUAAUAGGAAAACUCAUAA